GAUCAUCAUUCUUGAACACGCUGCAGACGUGUAGAACGCCAGCUCGACUGGUGCUAGUGCAAGCCUGUGAUCAUGGUGCUCUUCUUUACAUCUACAGCUGUCGAUCCUGCAGCCACAAUAUACAUGGGAAAAGACAAAGUAGAAAAUGAAGAUUUGAUCAAGUAUGGUGACGAUAAAGAUGUCUGGGUUCAUGUCGAUAAGCUCUCCUCGGCACACGUUUACAUUCGACUCUCAGACUCUAUGACCUGGGACAACAUUCCUCAAGGUCUGCUCUACGACUGCGCGCAGUUGGUGAAGGCGAACAGCAUCGAAGGGAACAAGAAAAACAAUGUCACGGUUAUUUACACGCCAUGGACCAAUAUCAAAAAAACUGGUGACAUGGCGAUAGGCGCCGUAACGUUCCACAAUGAGCAGAUGGUCAAGCGAAUUCACGUGAAGGAGCGCGAGAAUGCGAUUGUGAACCGAUUAAAUAAGACUAAGAGGGAAGUUGCUGUGGACCAUGAAGCGGUACGGCAAGAGCGAGAGAGGGAAAGGGGGCGCGAAAAGAAAGCUGCGGCCACGGAGGCUAGAAAUGCGCAGCUCGUAGCUCAACGAGCGUAUGCCGCAGAUAAGGAGGCGCGAGACUACUCAAAGUUGUUUUCACCAGAGGCGUUGGCGGCAGCAAACGAGGAGAAAGAGCGAAAGGCGAAAUUGAAGGCCCUGCAUGCUGCGGAUGGUGAAGUGGCUCCGGAGGGUGAAAAGGAUGAUGCAGGAGGGAACGACAGCGACGACUCAUUCAUGUAGUCGGAGUACAUACAACGCAAUGCCUCUCUCGGUACCCCUACGGAAGAG